UUCUGGCUGCACUUCGAGAUGCAUCCUCGAGACAUAUCGAUCGACAAAGUGCAUCCUUAAGUGUAGCUGCAAUGAUCUCACAGAAAUCUCGUGCAAAUCGUGUGUUUACCCAGACACUUCGUGGUUACUUCGACGCCCGAAAGUUAUAUUUACCGUCGUAUUACUGGCGCGAUUCCCGAGACAGACGUUACUAUUAGACAUUAUUUAUCACGAUGGGUCCGCGACAGAAAAAAAUGCAGUCAUGCCGGCAAUCUUGAAUCACCAUUUGCCGUUAGACGAUGACGUCUUGCUUGUGACGUGUGCAACUGUCAUGUGCAAUAUCUGAAACCGUCCAGCUCAUAGCUAUGACGAAAUAUGUAUAUCAAGUGGCCAGAAUGAUACAGAUCCAAAUCGCAAUAAUAAUGCAUUUAAUAUGCAACAUUAAUCUGACCAAACUUAAUGAAAUAUAAUAAAUACUUAAUUAUGAAAAAUUUUAUCUUUAUAAACCAUGUGGUUCAUAUUUGCCUUGUAUUCACUGAUGAAGUUUUACUGUUUGUCAAUUAAAUUAGCAGAGGUCUCAUAAUGUCUUUAUAUUUGCCUCGUAUUCGCUGAUGAAGUUUAAAUAUUUGUUAAGUAGCAUGCAAGAAUUUCAUGUCAUAAUGAGAUGACUCUAUCUAUUUCCUCACCCUUAUCUUUAUCGAGCGAAAUCUUUUAAUACGGUAAAUGCGAUAAAUCUUUUAUACUGUGCUUGAACUAUGAUCCUUAUUAAUGACAUGUAGCAUUGGAAUACAGACGGAUACAAUAUCUGCCUAAGUUAUUCCGUUUUUAGUCGGAGUUUCGCAGCCAGAUAUUUCUGGCGAAUGAUGCGAUCGCGUAUAUGUUACUAAUGUCACUGCGAUGAUCUUGGAUCGCGAGAAGAUUUUCGUUUCGUUAGUCUUAAAUGAAUCUUCUCGAUGGAUCGCUUUGCUCGGACGAUUCGAUUUUGUGCUGCGAAUGAUCGUAAAUCGGAAUUAUUUAGCUAUUUGAUCUAAGGUUUAUCUGAAGAUUGAGUUAGCAUUUGUUUGCUGUUUGCUCCGACACUCUACAAUUAUUUCGAAAUGGCCAAUGCUUGGAAUGGAUUAUCCUGCGUUAAGAUACGAGUCCAUUUCGGUACAAUAACCGGUCCAUCUUAAAUUAAAAAUUAUUUAGAUAAAAUAUGCAUGUUCGGUAGGCGAAAAUUUCUGAAAGUAUGAGUAACAACGUGCUCGCGAGCACGUCGUUCUCGAGAAGAAAUUGUACGGUGUUUUUAAAUGGAUAAAAAAUGACGGUCUCUUAUCAGUAUGAAGUCGCCAGUUCCACCAGCGGUGGAUUCACCAGGCUUUUGUUUAUGUGGCGUGGUUCCCUGUACAAGCUCAUCUACAGGGAACUGUUACUUUAUCUGCUAAUGUUCGGUGCCUUGUCCGCACUUUAUCGUUAUGCUUUUAAUACCACGCAAAAAAGAGAGUUCGAGAAAGUUGUUGUUUACUGCGAUACCUUGAUCCAAUUGAUCCCGUUGAGUUUUGUGCUCGGAUUUUACGUAUCCUACGUGGCGCAGAGAUGGUGGAAGCAAUACAAAGCAAUACCGUGGCCCGACAAAGUGAUGCAUCUCGUGGCUCUCUACAUCAGCGAAAACGACGAGUACAGUCGGAUGCUGCGCAGAGCCCUCAUGCGUUAUUUGAACCUCUCUCUGAUACUUGUUCUACGUUCUAUCAGUUCGGCAGUGAAGAGACGAUUUCCCACCCUCGAGCAUGUCGUUGAUUCUGGUUUCAUGACCUCGUUGGAGCUCGAAUUGUAUCAGUCGGUGCCGAGCAGCGAGUUUAACACCUAUUGGAUACCGUGCACGUGGUUCGUUAAUCUUCUCAAGGAAGCACGCAAGACUCACAGGCUACCUGAUCCUCAAGGUUUAAAGCUAAUUAUGGAGGAAUUUAGCGAAUUCCGGACUAAAUGCGGCCUGCUGUGGAGUUACGACUGGGUAUCGAUUCCAUUGGUGUACACUCAAGUGGUGACACUCGUUACUUACAGCUUCUUUGCGGUCGCCCUGGUCGGCCGACAAUACAUUGAUGGUGUCGAGAAACAAUUCCAAUUAAAAGUAGAUAAAUACGUGCCGAUCUUUACGAUUUUAGAGUUCUUUUUCUUUAUGGGACUGUUGAAAGUAGCCGAACAGCUAAUAAAUCCUUUCGGAGAUGACGAUGAGGACUUUGAGCUGAACUGGCUGAUCGAUCGUCAUACAAAGGUAUCGUAUCUCGGUGUGGACACCCUGAUGAACCGCUGUCCUCCGCUCGUCAAGGACAUUUAUUACGACUCCGAAAAUAUAAGUCUGCCGUAUACGGAAGCGGCAGCGGCGUACAAGAAGAAAACUUAUCGUGGUAGCGUUGCGAAUAUGAUGGUACCCGAAGAGAAACAAAUGAUGUUCCUGCCUGGAAUUUUGGAAGAAGAGGAAGACAGCAAAACGACACCUCGCACUUCUACAGUUAAUUUGGCAGUUCCUAGUGAGAGUCCGGAGAAUGAUAGGCGCCAGAUCAGCGGGUCCCCUGCAACACCUGCGAAGAUGGCUGGCAAUUGUUCCGAAACGGUUGUUCAGCUGGAUGGGCAAGAGCAACCGAUCGAAAUGGAGCAUCGACACAUCAUAACCGAAGCGGUGAGAAAAUUCUCCGCCUUGGCGAAGGGUUCGGCCACUCGCACAGGGAGACCAUUCUAUCCAGUAUUAACAAAAUUGCCUAGGCCAGUGAUGCAACCUUGGCCAAGCGCGACGAAUCUCGAGAUCUCGCGUCCCGCACAGACGUCGAUUCAGUCGCCGAUUUCCACGCCGAUUUCCAUGCCGAUCGUUCUCGAGACGGCGAGGAAGGACUCGUGCAAGAGUCUUCGUCAAUCCUUCACGGAAGAUUCUGAAGGACGACGACCGAGCGUCUCGUCGCAGAGCGACAGAAGCCAGGAAGGCGUCGUAAACUCGGCGUUCGCCGAGGAGAGGUUGCACCAAGUGUCGGACAUCUAUGACGACGAGGAGGAGGAGUACGAGGACUCCAGUCCUCCGCAUCAGCAUGAAGAUCCCUGUCAGCAUCUAACGAUUCCAGAAGCGAUUGACAUGUCCGUAAUCGUUGGCGAAUCGAAUCGUGCGAGCAGUCCGAAGUACCUGAUGAUCAAGAAAGACCGCUCGAUUAGCGAUUUUAAGAAGAAAAAGAGCGUCCAUUGGCCGAGAUUGUCCGGCAGACCGUUUCGCAGAAGAACCACCGACAAUAUACCCGCGAUAAACACAAUGCUAAGUCAAUCCAGGAGCUCGCCGAAUCUGAGGAAUCUAGAGAAGACUGCGCGAAAUGUCAAACUCGAUCCUUCUGGCAAGGAGGAAGACGAUUCCAAACUGUGAAUGAUGUAAUAUGUCUAGGUUUUUUUUAAUGUAAUUACUGCAAAAUUUAUCUUUAAAUUUGUGUGAAUUUCUUGAAGACAGAAAUUUUGUUAAUGGAUUA